CAUGUGACGCGCAAGAUGUCGACUUCCACUGAAAACACUGAUCCUUGAUCGGCGGAUGACCGACAGCACACAUAUAUAUAUAUACUGCCAACUUUAGUCGACAGAGAACACGUAAGGGAUUAAAAAAUGGAAGAAAACAGCACAACCAAUGAUGUAUUAAUUCAGUUUUUGAAUCAAGAGCAAGAGACCAGUCUGAAACAGCAACUACAAGUCUUUUUCAACUAUGUCUACUUGGGCCAGUGGGAACUAGCAAGAGGAUCAGCUGAUCUAAUCUGUCAGAACUGCCCCAGUGAUCGGCAGACUGUUCUAAACACGUUGCUAGAUAUUGCUAUAAAUCCUUAUGAUCAAAGUGUGGGAUCUAGAUCUGUCUCCUCACCAGAUGUUCUUAGCUGGCUGGCUUUGCAGGAAUAUGAAAAACUUGCCAUCACAGAAAAGAAAGCAGAAAUUGAUGUUUUGAGGGAAGAGGUGGAGUUUAGGCUGCUACUGACACUAGAGUGUACAGAUGCCACCCCAGACAUACAUCGUGAGCUUUAUCAGUUUUACCAGACAUCUCAUGGAAGUAAACAGCUGCACUUCAGACUGUCAGCCUAUGAAAACAAUGAAGCUGUUCCAAGCAAUUUAUCAAAUUAUAUCAAGCAGCUUCUCACUAAAAGACCCAUCACAGGCCAUCACCUUAUUUGUGCUCUUGUUCACAGAAAACGAAUCACAGAUAUCCAUGUUUGUGAGGUUUUGCAAGGGUUAUAUGUGCAGUGCAUCGAUUCCCUUCUGGAUAGGUUGGGAUCGGCAGAGGAAGAGGAUGUCAUUUGCAGGCAGGUGCUUCAUCUGUUAUCUUUCUAUAAUCCUGAUGCAUUCUGGAACUAUCUCCAGAUGCGGCAGAUGUUUGCUCGCCUUAUUUCUCUCUCUAAAAUGGAAUCCAGUGGCCUUAGCAUGCAGAAGAUUUGGGAAGCAUUGAUGGGGAGAAGUCAUGGAUAUCUAGUUGAUGAGAUGACUAAACUUGUGCAAGAGAUUUCCCUGUCAACAGGAAACAAGAGGGUAGAUCUCCAGAUAGACUUCCCAUGUGAAGAGCAGAGGUGGGCAGUUCAUCUUCUGGUCGGGUCUGACAGAGACUUGUGUUGGCAGCAGUUUUUUGCAGCUUCUCUCAAGUGGGACAAGCACUUCUUAGGACUGGUUUUGGAGACGUGCAUUAGCCUGGUUUUAGCUGAGCAGCUUGAAAUGUUGAGAGGUCUUCUGGAGCCAAAGGAACUGCAGCCACUACGCCCAAUAGUUUUGUUAUCUUGCUGGACCUAUUGCCGAUCAUCAGACAGUGCUCGUAGACUUCUGGACACCUUGUGGGCAGACCCAUCCUCGUGUCGACACCCCACUCUUGCAGCAGGCUGCAACAAAUUGGCCUAUCAACUUGGUCUGAUCAAGUGGUGCUUAGAGAGAGCAAGACCUCUGCUGGAAAACAAUGAUUCAGUAUCCUCACAAGUAAUCAACAAUGACCAAGGUACAAGCCUGAUGCAUGGUCUUGAGAGACACUCUGUCCUCCAUGUAUUGCACAGCUGCACACGCCUUGCAUCACUUGAUCCACAUGAAGUUCUUCAUCUUCUGCAAAAUGUGGCAAAAGAUGGUCAGAAGGCCAAGCCAAAGAGCGUGCAUUUCGAGGAUAGUAAACAAGAAGCCAGGGGACCAGUCAGUGCUGAGCAAGAACAUGACAUCUGCAUCUAUCAUAGCUAUUGUGCUGUCAAGAGUGUCAUGGAUGCCAUUGUCUUCUGCUAUGAGAAUGCCAACAUUGAGCUUAUGAACCCUAUCAGCAUACAUAGGACACUGAGACCACGACAGCUUGUCAGGGCUUUUUCUUUAGAAACCAUCAGCUCCAGUGAAGGUGAUGAAUCCAGUGCAGGGGGAGAAAACUCAGGUGGUAAGCAUUCAGAUGAAAGGAAGAUCCAGGCUGGUGUUGCAGCAUCUUAUGUUAGUUUCCAAGAACUGUACAAGCGAAAAGUCUGGCAGCGUGUCCAGCAGGCCAGAGAGCAUCUGAGGCAUGUUUAUCCACUCACUUACCGAGUGGAGGUCAUGGAGAACAUUUUUUCACUUUUAUUCUGUCGCCACACUGACAUCGUAGAUGGAGUGUUAACAGAAGGAGACAGUGAGGAAGAAAAUGAAGGUGAAGAAAGCAAAGCAGGUAGCAUUGACAACUUGAGCUCAUCUUUUAUAUCUGAAGAUGAUCCAGAUUGUUUCGAGAAGUUCAGCGACAACUUAUCUGCACCAGGAUCUUUAGUCUCUUCCCCAUGGCAGACAGAUUCUGCUGUGAGUUCUGUUUCUCAGGAAGAACAAAAUCAAGGAUCUAGCAGCUUGAGUGUACCAUUUAAACCGAAGUCUCUGAGGUUUAUGCAAGAUGGUUCCUUUGAACUAAAAAGCCAGAACUCCUUGGAUACUGUAUUAUCACAGUCAAAACACUCAUCGCACACUGACCAUGCCUGUGGUUUUCUGGCAAAUGAGUAUGUGACCAGAGACAUUCUUGCUAUGUUAAAAGAUGCCCUGAUGGACCUAAAUGCUGUCAAGUUCAAACUUCAAGGACAAUCAAAGGAUGGUGACAGGAUGCUGGAGCAUGGAAAACAGAGCAGAACUAGAAAGCCUGGAGGUUUGAGUGAGUCAACCAUACCAGAGAAGGGAAGCAAUGGUGGGAGGCUCACUGAAGAGACAAACUUUGAUCCCUCUGUGGAGAAAGUCUUGACACAGACUGUCCGCUGCAGCAUACCAGCAGAGAAAUUACAGAAACAUGUUGCGCAGUUGACACAGCAUGUGCAUGAAGCCCAGUGGCGCUUCCAGCUUGUAGCACAUGAACAAUUACCUAAGCAGCCAGGAAGUGUUCUUGAAAAGCUGGUGAUUGUCAAUGAUGAUGACAGUCAGGUAUUAAGCCUCUUAGAUGACUGGAUGACCUCAAAAGGAGCAGAUGAAUACAAAGAGUCAAGGACAAAAGCCCGUGAAAAGUGCUCGUUCAGUAAACUUAAAACAGUGCCCACCUUAUCACGCAGUUUCCAGGCUGCACAACAGUCCAUUGUGAAUAAGAUGCUGGCAACACCCGAGAGUCUUCUGGUCAUGAGCUUGAUGAGAUCUAACCUGGCACAGGCAGCACAAGUGGUUAAGCUCAUGAAACUGAAUGAGAAGAUGAGAGAACCAGCAGAGGUGGCAUUUUCUGAGAUAUUCAGCAUGACAGCCAAUGCAAUUAGUACUCUGAGUUUUUCUAGUGAAGAAAACAGGGUACCAGGUGGCUUGAAGAAUUUCUCAAUGAAGGCUUUGAGAAAUGCUGCUGCAGCAGGAGUGGCCUCAGCCUCAUUGUCUGACUUGGUAGAAGAUCUACUUGCUCAUCCCAACAUCCCCUCUCUGCCCAGACCACAUAAUGCGUCCUCAGACAAUGCUUUGCUCAAGUAUUUUAACAUAGAUUUUACUUUGGCAAUACUUGUAGACUUGGCCUGUACAUCAUGCAGUAACUGGGACCUUUGCAACAACAUGUUUGAAAUUAUCAAAGCCAAGAGGAAGCAAAGCCCCGAAUUUAUUGCAAGAAGUGACAGUAGCAGGCCUGAGGAUGUUUCUAACCUUUUAGUCAGUCCCCUUGAAAAGAGGAAAAAGAGUGUAUCUGGUUUGAGCGGACUGAAAGGAGUGAAUGCCUUCUUUCGACAGCUGGAUGGCUUGCUGCAGCUGGGCUUUGAUGAUAUAGAAAAAUGGCCAGGAUCAGAGUUUGCUUCUGCUUCAUCUGUCGCCCCUGGUUCCCCAAGAGGAUCUUUGUUGGCUGUUAGUCCUUUUACGUUUAUGAAUCCACCUGCAUCCACACAGCCAUUUCUCUCUCGUCAAAGUCUGCUGUGGCACCUGCGAAGUGCGGCACCACCGCUAACGGCUUUGGCUUUAAGGCAGUUUGAGGGAACUGUGGUGGAGAUUCGGCAGGCUUUCGAGCAGGCCAACCAGGCUUUGGCGGCCUCAUCGUAUCUCAACAGACAGGAGAGCAUCAACAUUGAUGAGCACCAUUUCUCAGCAACGCCCAGAACCCCAGCAUCACACUCUCCAGCGCAGAGCAGUCAGUCGUCAUCACAGGGUAGUGCUGCUUCUGCCCGCUCAAAGGAGUCUACAACAGGAAGGUUAGAUGCUCCAAUACUACAUGUGAGGAUAAAGCAGCUUAUUGGUGUCAUGGAAAAAGUAAUUCCAUCGGGAGGAUUCUACCGUUUGCUAAUGAGGCAUGUCAAUAAACGAGAAAGGUCACAGUUGAGAAAUUACCUUUUGAGCAUGUAUGAACAUGUCAAGGAGUUGGCAUACACAGUCGCUGAAUGUGAAUGCAAAUCCACAGAAUCUCUUGUUCUUCCCAAGAACUACUUUAAUAUUCUCCAAGAAGGCCCAGUGGAUAUUUUAGGCAGACUGAUGUUUGAAAAAAGAAUGCCUCCUGGAAAGCUCGAACGAGUGGCAAGCAAGCUGAGUCUCAACCUCACACAUAUCAUUGUACAGAGUUGUUGCCCACGCAUUCCCAGCAAACAUCUGCCUAUAACACCUGUGAGCAACAGACUAGGAGUGAAUGUUGAAGGGCCAAGGUGUAUCUACAACAGCAGUGAUGAAGAUCUUGGAGCAGAAAUCACAAUUCUUGCAAAGUCAGAUCCAGAAUUAUUAGUCAGAGAGGCACUUAACAUGCUCUUAAACACCUUGCGAGACGUUGCUUUAAAAUGCAAUGGUCAAGGAAUCUUCGAUGAAACAGGUGGCAAGGAACUUCUGACUAGUGAAGUGUUUGGGAAGGUGAUGGUCAGGAUUAAGGCACUGCAACAAGCAGACUUAUCGCAGCUCACCUCGUGGGAGACACGUCUGUGUUUCUUUACUAACUUACUCAAUCUUAUGACACUACAUUUCCAUCUGGAGACGCUGAGGGACUGCUUCUUCAUUAAGGAAGUUCAGGCAGAUUCCAAAAAAGACAAACUUCUACCAAGAAAACUCCAUGGUAUACAGGGAGAACAUUUAAUGGAUAUGGUCACUUUGCUUGGGGCUUUCUGCUACAAAGUUGGGCAGCUGGAAAUACUGAGCCUGUUUGACCUUAAGUACUUGAUGCUUACCCAAGGUCAGCGAUUGUCCCACACAUGGAAGUCUCUAAGCACCAGUAAAAGUCACAAACCAUCACAAGAGGACCCAAUGGCAAAGUAUAUGCCACCCAGUGAACCUCGUCUCCUGUUUGUUGUCUCGGAUGGAUGUCUGUCAUCACCACCAAUAACUGUUUUAGAACCAAAGCGUCUUUCCUCUCAGCUGGAAGAGGCCACACGGGCUUACUUGAUGCAGACUGUCAGCGUAGACCUAGAAUCUCACAAGGUAACACUACCAUUCCUGCUCACCUCACUUCACUUGGAUCCACCUGUGGACAGCCAGCAAAUGACAAUCAGACCAUAUGAUAAUCUUCUAAACUUUGUUGUCAUUCAUGCAGAACCUCCAUUGGCAGAAAAACUGGUGAAGUUGAUGGGCAUCAGCAGUGAAGAUACUAAAGACAAAGUUAACAAGGAUGCUGCCCAGUAUGAAAUAUGUUUGACUCCCUUCCAGUCACAUUUUGCCUACAUCUUUGUCAUGGAACACCUUUCAAAAGACACACCACUGACAAACAGCAUCACUGGAUGUGAGCAGCAGCUUUUCCUGCACUUUCCUGGAGCUCCCAGCCUCAACUUGUUGAGGACACCAGUGCUAUCUGCCAAUUCUGGCCAGACACUUUUGACAACACAGUUUAUAACAGAGAGUUCUGGCAGUCAGGGUGGCCGACCAUCAUCAUUAGCAGAGCCAGCCUCUUAUCAGUUGACUCCAGUUACACUGGACUAUGUGCGAGAAACUUCUACAUUAGUGGCCACUUUGGUAACGCUGCUGUGUUCUGACCAGCUGGAUGACACAGAUGCUCAGUUCUCAACAGAUCACAUUCAUGGCAUCUUUCCCCGUAAUCGCACUUCUUCUGACAUCUCAGUGGUAGACAUCCGCAGUUACCGUUAUCAGCGUUUAGUGGACGACUUCCCAAUCUUGCUAAGACACCUUCUGGCAUAUAUCAUUCCUUUAGCAGGAGCUGACAACCCAGAGAUCUCCCAGAGUAGCGAGCCCAUUUUGAAGUUUGUGACCAAUGUCAUUGAUGAUGAUGUGAAGCUAUGCCUCUUCAGUCCUCAUGACUCCUUACAAUUUCUGAGCAUGCUGCAGAAGAUGACCACACGGCUCAGUCGACAGCGCCGCUGGCAGUCGCUCAUUCUUGUCAUUCGGAGCAUUCCAGAAGUUGUCAUGGCCAAGUACUCGCACCUGCAGCUUCUUCAUGACUUUGUGCUGAGCUGCUGGGCAAGAGAAGUUAUUGUCAAACACAAGGCGCAGCAUCCACCUUUCUUGCCCACUUCCACAGGACAGGAAAUCAAAGUGCUGCACCAGCUACGAAGGUUCUACUGUUCUGACACCCAAGCCCGUGUGGCGCUAGCUGUGUGCGAAGGACUCCCUGUGGAAUAUGGCCUGGACUUGCUGGACUUGAUCCUCUCACAAAAUGUACAUUCUGGUCUGCGGUCAGCUGUGGAGACCAAGCGGCACUACCUCCAAGUUUACAGCCAGAUAACUGGCAGCAUCAAGAGGCAUCAGAUUAAAUUGGCAAUGCAGGCCUCAGAUGCAGUCAUCAUUAGAAAGAGUGCACCUUCUUCUUCCAAAGAGACCCAAGAGAUCCUCAGCAAAUAUUCUGAUUGGCGCCAUGUUUCCAGUAUGUCACAGGAAGAUCCUCAGGAAGUCAUGUCCAUUUUGAUUCAAGUAGGAGACUUCGGCAUUACAAGAGACUGGGCAAAACUACAUCACCUUCCUUGGGAUUUGGUGCUGGAGAUUGAAGUGGGCUACAUCCUGUCCUUGCUGAAUACUGGUGCUUCUGAGCUUCUAACUGUUUACCAGACAUUGGAGGAUGUACGGAGCAGUGCACCUGACAAGUGCUAUCAAGUGUGCAAGGCAUUGCUGGAGCGAAUGCAGAAUCAUCAGAGAAUAAAAUUUCUCACAGGCUACAUGCUUCGUCAUUUAGCAGCAUUAAUGCCUCCUGCAGAGCUUGAAGACCUACGUCUAUUACAAAUUGGCGCCAAGGCCUUGCUGUGCAUACCUGAAGUAAUGAGAGGGGAAUACAGUCAUCUUAGUACUUGCCCUCAUCUCAUUUUGGAGCAGCUACUUAUGAACAUGAAGGGUGAACUGGCAGGUCGUGUGUUCAAAGAGAUCCAGGAUGACUUCAAAGAAAUAAGUGACAGGAAGUUGCGGGUUGCCCAAGAUCAGUUUGACACCUUACUAGAAAACUACGCUCGUCGUUCUUUGGAGGUUACUGUUGUACAAUCCAUCCCAGACAUCGGUCGCAGCAGUACUUAUGAGUUAGGUCGACCUGAAAGUUCAGGGUCAGGGUCUAGUGGCAGCAAAGGUGAUAAUGUGGAGAGCAUCACAAGCCCUACUCAGCAGCGCCUGUUUGCAGACACUGUCAAAGCACGCACAAGCAACAUGCAGAUAAUGACUCCAAAACAAAGCAGUACGCCUCCUGGUCUGACGCGCCGUAUCAGUUUUAUAGCCUCACCCACUGUCCCUCUUGCCUCUGCCCAAGGAUCCGGAAAGUUUAUCAUGCCAGCAGUUCCCCCUCCAGAAGAGCAGUGGGUGCCAGACAACACUGCUUCACUGUGUAUGGUGUGCAAACUGGAGAGAUUCAGCAUGUUCAAUCGGCGGCAUCACUGUAGGCGAUGUGGGAGAGUGGUGUGUGCUGCAUGCUCAACCAAGCGAAGUCCAGUUCGAGGAGUAUCUGCUCGUACUUGUGAUGAAUGUUUUGAACAGAUGUUUGGUCCCAGAGAGUCACGUGCAAAAGAUGAGCAAGAGGUGUACAGCCAGCGCAUGAAGGAAAGUCUGUCAGGUGUGAGCCCAAAUCUGGCAUCAGUGACCUUCAGCACAUCACCACGCCGUAUAUCCCUCAGUGUCACUGAUGUGCGGAGCCUGUCCUCUGCCAUACACCACGAUGUUCAUGAGUGGAAGUUAAAGACAGAUGAAGGUUUUAAUAGUUAUGUCAGGGAUGAGUUCUUCUAUGAACAGGCUCCUAGCGUAUCAUUGUGCAUGUCCAUCUUGAACCAUCACAGCGAUCCAGAUGCAUGUGGUCAGCUAAUACUGACUCUUUGUGACGACCUUUCUAGUAUCCUCCAACCUGUAGCUCCAGGUAUUCCCAACCUGGAGGUUGACUAUAGCCUUAUAAUCAGCAUCAUACGAGAUCUGCUGUUCCGUGCCAAGGUCAUCUUCCUAAAAAGUGGGAGCCCAGGUAUGCUUGCCCAGUGUGAUGCUUACCUCACAAGGAUGGACCUCCUAAAAUUGCUGCUGCAGGCAAACUAUUCAGAUUUGCCAACUCUACGGGAGCUUACAAAAAUGGACACUGCUAGGCGACUAUGUGACAAGCUGGUUCUUGAUGAGCGUUUGCCUUUGGCAUUGGAAGUGUGCACAAAGUGUGGUGUGGAUGCUACAGGGGUGUGGCUUGCAUGGGGUCGGGCCUGCCUGACCAGCGGUGAUUAUACAGGUGCACGUGACAAAUUUUCACACUGCCUGAAGGUACCAAAAGACAAAAACCAGAUUGGAUCUUCAUCUCGUCAGCUGAUGGAUGUCAUUGAACAGCUGGAGUCUCUUCCGCCUACAGGCGUCACAGAGAUUCAAAUGCUGCUUGAUGCAACCAGCCUUGCCUCUCUGACCAGCUUGCCAGUUCCAGGGCAGCAAGAGGAGACAACCUUGGAAAGUCUUGUGUACAAAGAGUGCAUGUAUUAUUUGCGUACAUAUGGCACAUACAGUGAUCACUUGAAAUUUCUGCUUCACAAUGGCUACUGGAACAAGGCUCUUGAAGUUCUUUGUAGAACAGAAAUGCUCCUCAGAAGUCUUCGUUGAGGCACUGCUCCUUCCAUCCAUGCAAGCAGGGGAGAUAACACGAUUGCUGGAGCAGCUCUUGACGCAGGACUCCUCGUUAGAGCAGUGGAUGCCACAUCUGGCUGCAUCCUGUCGUUAUCUUCUGAAGAACAAGCGU